AUGGUGCCGGCCAAGGAAAUUGUCCUUGGAUAUGGUGCUGAGGGCAUGUCGGCCUUGGUUGACGUUGCUAUGAAGCAGCCUGCCGUGGUGUUGGAAGAAGUCGCCGGAAUCGCCUCCGUCAAGUGCGCUGACGCCGCUGUGUCCAUGACCUUUAGCGAUACUGCUGCUGUCAAAGCCGCCUCUGGCGCAUGGCCUAAAUCCGACUUCAUCAUCAUCACUUACUCUCCGGAUGGCGACUGCAACACUGCCGAUGAGCGUGGUUUCUACACCGUUUCUGACCUUGUUUUUGAUGAGGCUUCUCUCACUGCUACUGCUUCUGGCAAACGCUCUGCUCUAGAUGAGCAAAGUGAAGAUGCCGUUGUCGAAUUUGAUACUAUCACGGCUCCUGCCAAGCGAGAUCUCGAGGCGUCAAUCGGCGGCGAGAUUCAUGGUACCAUCAUCGACACGGAAAAUCUCAAGAUUGUCGUCGAUACAGCGAGGUUCGACAGCAAUAUCCGUGUCAAGGGCGGCUUCCGUUUCAACUUUCUCAAGUUCAAGCCCAGCAAGAUGUAUCUUGACGUCGACUACUCCGGUUCCGUGAAUCUCAACGUAUCUACGACUGUCGCUGCUUCCUUCUCUUCCGACCUUUACAACUACCAGCCGCUUUCUGCGUCUGUCUCAGCUUUUAGCAUUCCUGGAAUUCUCGAUGUCGGCCCUAUCGCACAAUUCGGUCUUGGUGUCGAGUUUGCAGCAUCAGGUACUGUCGAUGCCACCCUCGGUCUCCACACCGAGAUUGUCAGUGGGCAGGUCCACCUCGAUCUCCUUGACUCCGAUAAGUCCUCCAGUAGUGGUUGGAAACCCGAGACCACCGUCUCUUCCAAUGUCAACGCCGAGGUGUCACUACAGCUCAACCCGUAUCUCGACUUGAACCUCGCCCUUGGUAUUCGCGUUUUCAAAGGCGCCAUUGACCUGUCGACCGGAUUUGAAGUCAAGCCUCAGAUCAUCAACGCCUUCUCUGCUGACCUCGAUUUUGCGUAUGCCAGUAGUUCAGGCGUCACCUUCACUAAACCAGACACGGCUACCUGCCCUAACGGCGCCUGGUUCGCGAGCACCUUCAACAUGGAUGUUGUUGCCUACGUUGGAACUAUCUUCAGCAAGACGCUGUUCAACGUUAAUGCUCCCAUUUUCCAGUCUCAGUGCUGGAAUUUCGCCGGUUGA